UCCCUACCUGGACUUGAGGUGACCGUGGGCAGUACCUGAACUUAAACCACAAAUGCCUGAUUUGAUUUUAAAUGUUGCUGCCUCCUGUGUAAAGAGGCAGUUACCUGACUGUCUCCGGCAUGAGGGACAUGCUCCCGAAGGCAGGUUCCCUGUGGCUGCUGAGGCUACUCCGGGACAUCCAGCUGGCCCAGUUCUACCCAUCCAUACUUGAGAAGCUGAAUGUUACCCGGCCAGAGCACUUCGACUAUGUGAGACCUGAGGACCUGGAUGGCAUUGGCAUGGGCAGGCCUGCCCAGCGCAGACUGGCUGAAGCUGUGAAGAGGCACCGUUCUGGAAAUAAGCCUAAGAACUGGGUCUACAAGAUCCUUGGGGGGUUUGCUCCUGAGCAGAAGGAGACCACCCCACCCUCAGACAGCCCUUCAUUCCUCCCUGAGCCAGAGGGGGGACUAAAGUGUCUGAUCCCAGAUGGUGCUGUGAGCAGGGGGGAGCUGUUGGGCUCCGGCUGCUUUGGCGUGGUGCACCGUGGGCUGUGGACACUGCCUAGCGGUCAGACUGUCCCGGUGGCUAUCAAGUCCCUCCGGGUGGCUCCCAAAGGUCCGGUAGGCACAGAGCUGAGGGACUUCCUUCGAGAGGUGUCUGUCAUGAUGAACUUGGAGCACCCACACUUGCUGCAUCUGCAUGGACUCGUACUGGGCCAGCCUCUGCAAAUGGUUAUGGAACUGGCACCACUGGGCUCCCUGCACGCGCGCUUGACCGCGCCGGCCCCUUCACCCCCGCUGCCUGUAGUCCUGCUGUGCCUCUUCCUGCGGCAGUUGGCGGGAGCCAUGGUGUACCUGGGGUCCCGCGGACUGGUGCACCGGGACCUUGCUACACGCAACUUGUUGCUAGCUUCACCGUGCACGAUCAAAGUGGCUGACUUUGGGCUGAUGCGGCCACUGGGCGGUGCCCUGGGCCGUUACAUUAUGGGUGGGCCCCGCCCCAUCCCCUAUGCCUGGUGUGCUCCAGAGAGCCUUCGCCAGGGGGCCUUCUCUUCUGCCUCGGACGUGUGGAUGUUUGGGGUGACGUUGUGGGAGAUGUUCUCUGGGGGCAAGGAGCCCUGGGCCUGGGUCCCGCCCUACCUCAUCCUGCAGCGGCUGGAGAAGGACCAAGCCCGGCUGCCUAGGCCUCCUCUCUGCUCCAGGGCUCUCUACGCCCUUGCCUUGCACUGCUGGGCCCUCGACCCUGCUGAUCGGCCUAGCUUCUCCUGCCUGGAGGAGCUGAUCCAAGAGGCCUGGCCUCCUGAGGGGCAUUGCGUGAGGGACGUCACGGAGCCAGGUGCUCUGAGGAUGGAGCCUGGUGAUCCCAUCACUAUCAUUGAGGGCAGCCCCAGCUCCACAACCUGGAAGGGCCAGAACAGUCGCACAUUGAAAGUGGGCAGCUUCCCAGCCUCAGCAGUGACACUGGCAGACUUGAAAGGCUCCCCAGCCACCUGUCCGGUCCAUAAAGGAUCCCCUGCCUGGGGAGAGCAACGCCGAGGAAGCACCGAUGGGGUCAGACCAAAGGCAAAGCUUCGGGAGCUACCUCCAGCAAAGGGUCAGAGAAGGAACAUGCCCCUGCAGAGGAUAAAAGGCAUUUCCAAGAGUCUGGAAUCUGUUCUGUCCCUGGGCCCCUGCCCCACAGGGGGUGGUUCGAGCCCACCUGAACUUCGACAUGCCAGAGGUGCACCCCAGAGACCCCCAGGCCUGCUACCUCGCCCUCCCUUUGCCUCCAGCUCUUUUCAGCUCAGCCAGGCCCCCAGGGAGCAGCCUUCUUGGCCCAAAAGAGAACCCCAACACAAUCACCUCUUGGAAGCGCCCAGAGCCAGCAAAGCCACUGUUCCCGAUCCCAAGUUGCAGAAGAGGGUUAUGGAGGUGGAACUGAGUGUACAUGGAGUCACCCACCAGGAGUGCCAAGUGGCACUAAGAGCCACUGGGGGAGAUGUAGUUUCUGCCAUCCAGAACCUUAAGGUAAAGCCAGACCCUUCUCUUGGGUUCCCACCUCUCCUGUCCCUGUUCUCUGGCAGUCAGCUGCCCUUCCUCCUGUUUCCACAGGUAGACCAGCUCUUCCACCUGAGUAGCCGGUCCAGAGCCGACUGCCGGCGCAUCUUGGAGCAUUACCAGUGGGACCUCUCAGCAGCCAGUCGCUAUGUCCUGGCUCAGCCCUGAGCUCUGCUCCCUUAGACGUGGACACCAGCAUGCACCAUGGGCCUGACCGUGUGGGACCAAGCAGAACCAGAACAAGGUCCUCCAAGGGCAUACUCUCCCGCCUGAAGAGUGCCUGCUAUGGGCAGGUACAGGAGGAGCCCCCAGGGUCGGGCCCUGAUGAGUGUUUCCUCCUACCCUUGGCCUCUGAAGGCUCAAGCUCCCUUGGCUGGGUCAGAGAAGGACCUGGUUCACCUGCCCACCACAUUUCCAACCAAGAGGAGGACUUGGAGGAACAGAGCUGCUGCACACCAUACCCAUGGGAAGCUUCUGCUUGCUACAGAGAAUGAUCGAGUGGCCAUAUGGAACCAGGGGGACAGCCAUCCUGAACUGCCACCAGCCACCACAGUGGGCCACCCUGGAGGAUGGAAGCAGCCAUAUGGGCUUGGGCCAGGGACAUCAUGGGUGAUGAAAGUUGCUCCUAUGGACUCAUGGACACUUGAUCCUGGUGGCGUGGGUCACGAGAUGGGCAGCCCCCACCCCGCCCAGCUGCCACAUUUCCUUUUGUUUCUUCCCACACCAACUCUUUCUUCUACCCUCUCCCAUUACAUAUAUCUUCCAGUAUCCAAAAAGUUACAAAGUUUAUAUGAAUAUAACAUACAAAGAUGCA